CGUGGUCCUCCUUCAACCCAAACGGGUGACCGUGGUCCUCCUUCAACCCAAACAAAAGGGCCCUUCUUGGCCACAUUCUGUCGUGCUUAGCUUGAGGCCGUCAACCGGAUAUUCUUGACUUCAAUGUCGCCUUGUAGUUGUACCGUAUCACAAGCAAUCCGACGGCCAUCGACACAGUCCAACACCCUCAAGUCCAUGUUAGGACCUGACCGUCUUACAAUCUGCCCAGAUGGACUCUACGACUCCAGCAUUUAUCCCUAUCCGUACCCGACAGCCGCGUCAUAGUGAAAAUGACUUUAUGAAUUAUUCUGAUUCGGCUUACGGGUCGGCCAGCGAAUCAUGUAACCCGGCAACUCACGAUGUCAGUCGUGUUAGCUAUCAUGUCAGACACCUUGACACUUUUGCUCAAGCCCUCGAAGAUUCGGCCAAUCGGGCAUUUCCCACUACCGCAUCUUCACAGCAGCGGUACUCUAAAGUCCAAGCUCUAUUUCUUCACUGGGCCUGUGAUGACUUGUUUGUGCUUCCCGAACUGGAGGAUCUGGAGAAGUGUUUCCGAGAAGACUACCGCUAUGACACCGAUAUCUUCGCCAUCCCAACCGAGAACUCCCAUCUCGAACUAAUGCUCAAAAUCGGAGACAUGAUCAAACAACAUGAGGACAAGAAGACCCUCUUUAUCGUCUACUAUGGAGGCCAUGCCCGGAUUGAUGAUUCGCGUCAGAGUACGUGGUGCGCAACACGGAAUCCGAACUCUCCAUGGCUACAGUGGUCCGCUAUUCAGACACUCCUCGAAAGAUCCCCAUCAGAUGUCUUGAUUCUUCUUGACUGUUGCGCGGGAGCAGCUAGUGCCACCUUCCCAAGUGGUCAAAGCAUUACCGAAACCAUUUCGGCAUCGAGUUGGGACGCCAUCGCCCCAAACCCUGGCCGAUACUCUUUCACCAAUGCCUUGAUUGAAGUCCUUCAGGAAUGGCGGCACAGGGUCUUCUCGGCUGCCAUGUUACAUGCUGAGAUUCUCGCACGUCUUAAGCAUCCCAGACCAGUUCUUAUCAAUGGCAAACACUUUGAAUCCAGGUCAACGCCUGUGCAUUUCAUGAUGACGUCCAACCACAAAGCACCGAGCAUAGAGAUUGGUCGACUUGUUCCGGAAUCCAGACGCUCACUAUCACCGUAUCAGCAACAGAGUCUCGUUUCCAGUUCACGACAAGAUGACUGGGGGAUGUCGUCACGAUCAGCCUACCCAUCUCUCCCUAGUAUGUCUGUUCCGAUGACCAGUGAGCCCAACGAGGACGAGCCUCAUGUCAUGAUCUCAUUAGCCCUCGAAGAUGACCAGAGGUUGGAUCUCAAUGCUUGGGAGCAGUGGUUAGCCGGCUUUCCCGCCAUCGCCAAAUAUGUCAAAGUUCAAGGAGUCUUCAAAAGCCAUUCAACACUGCUUCUCCUCUCUUUGCCUAUCAUGGUUUGGGAUCUUCUACCUGAUGACCCAGCAUGUUCCUUUAUAGCUUUUAUCAGAUCCAACAACCUUCUGCGUGAAUCGAACACAACAAAGCCGCCGCCAGAAAGCGAAGUAACUGCUAGGAAUGAAGAGGAGGAGAAUCAGGCGAUGGAUGCUGACACGGAGUCUUUGUUAUCUGAGAUGACUACCAAUUACCCGGGAGACACUCAUCAAACUGAUUCUCAAGCUCGCACACACAUACAAUCUGGAGACUUUGGGUCACGCCAAAUGAAACAUCCUAGGCAUGAAUUAGGUUCUCGGCCCGCGGUGCUCAGUUAUACGGAGGGACAGCUCGCUGGCUCUGUCAUGUCGCCAUCGCCGGACCCUUCUCUGUCUAAUCCACCAGACUCGUCAACUACAUCCUUUAGUGCCAUUUCGUUGACAAGGACCACCGACAACGUAACAAGCACACCACCAGUUUGGCCACCGGAACAUGUGAGCGACCCUACAGAUCAGGCCCAAAACUUGACUCGGGAAGCGAUUGCCCACUUGGAGGACUGUUUCCGGAAGGACCCGCAACCGAGUGAAGCAAUUAUCGGUCUUCUUUCCUCCACACUCAACGUAGAUUCAAAUAUAGUCGGUCUCUGGUUCGACCAGCGCCGGCAGCAUGAACAAACAACCCUCAACCUCCAGAGUCUCCAUCGCCGCAACUCUACACACCAGACCUCUACCAGCAAAGAAGCCACCGCUCGUAUGAUUCUUCCAGGCCACCUCAACACCAUCCUCUCCAUCUAUCCCAACCGCGGCGCCAUCCUUUUACUCGAUCUCCGCUCCUCCACCGACUUCGAGAAGUCCCACAUCUCCUCCGCCAUAAACCUCCGCUGCCCCGUCUCCUUCAUCCAGCAUGCCUCGCUUGAGAUGAUCGAAGACACCUUCACAGACGUUUCCUCCCGCCACUCCUUCAACGGCUGGUACCAGUCCCGCUGCGUGGUACUCUACGACCGAUGCAUAGAAUUCGACUGGGAAUGUCCCGUCGCCAACGCGCUACUGGCCAAAUUCCGCGGAAAGGGCUGGAAGGGCCAGUGUUUCAUCUUGAAGGGUCAUUAUAGGGAGUUUGCGGAUAGUUUUGACAAGUGGAUCACGGACAAGGGGAAGAGUGCCGCUUCUGAAUCCAGUUCCGAGCAGUUGCUAGGGGGCGGUGGGACAUCAUCGUACCACAAUGAUGCAACGGAGGAAGAAGAACGAAGACAGAGAAGAGAUAGGGAGUAUGAGGAGUGGCUUAAGGAGUUUGAUGAGAGCGGCGAAGGGCUGGGAGGGAGGCGGAUCACUGAGCUAGGCCCGGCUAAGAGAGAGGAGAGGGCCCGGGCGGUUGAUCAGAGACAGCAAGAGCUGGAGAGGGAGCUUGAGACGAGGUUUCCAGCGCUGUGGAGGAAGGUGGUGGCUAUGAGAGGCGAACGUGAAAGGCGUGACGGUGCUGGUGCUGGUGCUGAGGGCGAAACACUUGGAAAUCGACGUGGAGGGCUCGAUGAUGGCCCAUCAACUGCUACUCAAACCGACGACAUUGGUGACGAGUCUGUUUCUCCUCCGCAAUCACCACCUCCUCCGCCGUUUAGCCCAACCGCAGACACAGACACAGCAAGAGCUGCGAACAGCCAAUUCCAAGGAGGAUACGACAAAGCACAACUGGUGGAGCCUUUGGUCAGUGGCCUACAGAAGAUGCGUGAAGCAAGUGGCUUGGGCUUGGGUUUGAUGAGCCCGGACCCAGCUUUUGUUGCGGAUUAUUCGAAUUCCCAUCAGUACGACUCUACACCGUACUGCGGUUCAGCAAAGGUUGGCUCCUACAACCAAGGAGGCUUGACAGAUGACUACAAUGACUACUAUGAUGCGGUAGACCCUAUCUCUGAGAGUUGGCAAGGUGUUGGUGGUGGCAUGGGGAUGGCUAGCGGGACAGUGUCCCCGAUGCCGCCAGAGUGGCGGGAUGAGAGUGGGAUGAGUAGCUAUGGAGGAGCUGGUGGAACGGCGACUGAGGGUGAGAGAGGAGGUGCGAAGAAGGUGAAGAAGAGGACUCAGUUGCCGUUGUGGGAAAGGUUGAGGGGAGCUGGACGAUGAUCGCGAGAUAAAUGUGAUUCUUUUAUUUUUGGGUUGCAGAGAUAGAUAUUCCUAGUAUUGUGUCGUUUGUAGUCAAACGUGUUGGUUCAGUUCAUUUGAAGCCAUCUUGUAUUUCGGUCACUGUUUUACGCAUUCAUCCGCGAUAUUCAGUACUAUAUCAGGACUUGUGGGUUGCUUCCUCAACUAGAAAAGGUUCGAUGCCGGCCUUGUAUCAACUACUCUGCUAAACCUUUUUGCAAUGCCUUUCGUAUAAAGCGGGUUUGUCUG